UUAAUUAAUCAAUUAGAAAUUUAUCUCACCGCCCACCACCUGUUUGAUAAAAAUCCACACUGAGAAAAAAAAAAUGUCUGGAAGAGGCAAAGGAGGAAAGGGGCUGGGCAAGGGCGGAGCAAAGAGGCACAGAAAGGUGCUCCGCGACAACAUCCAAGGGAUCACCAAGCCCGCCAUCCGCCGCCUGGCCAGAAGGGGCGGCGUCAAGCGAAUCUCCGGGCUGAUCUACGAGGAGACACGUGGCGUCCUCAAGAUCUUUUUGGAGAACGUGAUCCGUGAUGCUGUUACGUACACCGAGCACGCUAGGAGGAAGACUGUUACUGCCAUGGAUGUGGUUUAUGCUCUGAAGAGACAGGGGAGAACCUUGUACGGAUUUGGCAAAAUGUCUAUAUGA